GGAGGGGCUCGCGCGGGACGUGACGCGGCUGCGCUGAAGGCAGACCUCGCCGGCUGCCGCGGGAGCGGGGAGUUCCGGGCAGGAGGGCUGCUCCAGGCAGGGCUGAAAGAGAGCAGAGCGAGGCCGUGGCGGUGCGGGAGAGGAGCAGGAAGCCGCUGCGAGGAUCAGCAAGAAAACAACGGAGAGGGCUUCAAGGCUGAGGGAACGCGGGAGAUGAGCGAGAAGGGAGACUUCAGAAUGGCUCCCAUGUUUCCGCCUUGGGCAACAGGUGGUGCCAUUUCCCAAGGAGAGCUGCUCUGGGGAAGCCGGGCUGCCUCUGACGGCCCUGAGGAUGCGGCAAAGGCGGGAGGCGUCCUAGCAAGGCAGUAAGAAAAUUCUAAAUACAACUGACAUGUGCAUCGCGCUUUACAGUUUACACAAAACUGUUACGGAAAAGUGAGACGUGACUGGAGCAGACUGUGUACUGGGGGGCGGGUUCUGAGGGAAGUUUAUCUGCUCGGUAGGAGCAACCUGUUUAUAGAGAGAGCAAUGAACAUCCAACCUUGGAGGUCCGGCUUGAGUCCCCAAAUGGAGGAAACCCCAGAAAAGCUGCAUUUAGAGGCAAGAGUAUUCAAAUAUUUCGUCUGGCAAAUUCCACUUAAAGUUAGUGGGGAAAGGGCAUUUUGAAUUCACUUCCAACUCUGGAAACCAACUGAAAGCAAAAUAAAAGAGCAAAAGAUGAAAAAUAUAUGUCCAUCUUCAAUUCAACAGGGGAAAAGUUAUAAAACAAAACUAUGAAGAAUGACUGCCAAAUGAAGAAAAUUUUGACCUAAAAUAUAGGAGAACACAGAGCCAACACAUCUCUGCACAGACUCUGGGAAAGAGAUCAAUUUACCAAAAAUUAAGUGUCAUGCUCCUGAGAAGUACAUCCAGUGAUCUGUGGGUACGCAACAAGGUCUAAGAUCUGACUAACGGUGGGUCAGAGAUGGUCAGUGUUCUUCAAUAUCUGCCCUCUCUUCUCAUUAUUCGUUUUCAUUAUAGGUCGUUACAGAAUAUUUAAUAUAGUUCCAUGUGCUGUAUGAGACCCUCUGAUUUUCAGCUGAACACAAGGCUGGCUGAGAUUGAGACUACAUUUUUCAGCUUCCAUUACAUUUGGGCACGACCACGUGACUGCCUUCCAGCCUGUGAGAUCAGGGUGUGAGCGUGGGAAGUUUGAUUUUGAAGAAAGAAGGUACGCUCCUUCCUGGUGGCUGGAAUGUGACCGUGACAAUGAGGCUGGAACAUCUGUCUGGACGAUAAGAGCCAUUAGUUGACUAGUAUUUCAUCUUGCGAAGAGACAUUUUUCUAAAGUUGGUUGCCCCGGUGACCUUUCGCCACCACCGCUACGAUGAGCUGGUGCGGAUGCUGUACAAGGUGCACAACGAAUGCCCCUACAUCACGCGGGUUUACAGCAUCGGCCGCAGCGUGAAGGGGAGACACCUCUACGUGCUGGAAUUCAGCGACUACCCUGGAACCCACGAGCCCCUGGAACCAGAAGUCAAGUACGUGGGGAACAUGCAUGGCAACGAGGUGCUGGGCCGGGAGCUGCUGCUGCAGCUGUCGGAGUUCCUGUGCGAGGAGUUCCGGAACGGGAACCAGCGCAUUGUCCGGCUGGUGGAGGGCACGCGAAUCCACAUCAUGCCGUCCAUGAACCCCGACGGCUACGAGGUGGCCGCUGCCCAGGGCCCAGACACUUUUGGGUACCUGGUUGGCAGGAACAAUGCCAAUGGAGUGGACCUGAACCGCAACUUCCCCGAUCUCAAUACCUACAUCUACUACAAUGAGAAGAACGGAGGCCCCAACCACCACUUGCCCCUUCCAGACAACUGGAAGAGUCAGGUGGAACCCGAGACCAAGGCCGUGAUCCAGUGGAUCCGCUCCUUCAACUUUGUUCUUUCAGCUAAUCUCCACGGAGGGGCAGUGGUGGCCAAUUACCCGUAUGACAAGUCCUUUGAGCACCGGGUCCGAGGUUUCCGCCACACUGCCAAUACCCCUACGCCUGAUGACAAGCUUUUCCAGAAGCUGGCCAAGGUCUACUCCUACGCACAUGGAUGGAUGCACCAAGGUUGGAACUGUGGGGAUUACUUCCCAGAUGGCAUCACCAAUGGGGCUUCCUGGUACUCUCUCAGCAAGGGAAUGCAAGACUUUAAUUAUCUUCAUACCAACUGUUUUGAGAUCACGCUGGAACUGAGCUGUGACAAGUUUCCUCGUCAAGAGGAAUUGCAGCGCGAGUGGCUGGGUAAUCGGGAAGCUCUAAUCCAGUUCUUGGAACAGGUACACCAGGGCAUCAAGGGAAUGGUGCUGGAUGAGAAUUAUAACAAUGUUGCGAACGCUGUCAUUUCUGUCAGUGGGAUUAACCAUGAUGUCACUUCGGGUGACCAUGGUGAUUACUUCCGGCUGCUGCUUCCAGGUACCUACACUGUCACUGCCACAGCACCUGGGUUUGACCCAGAGACACUGAUUGUGACUGUGGGUCCUGGGGAACCCAAACUGGUUAACUUCCAACUCAAGAGAAGCAUCCUACAAGCAACCCCUAAGAGGAAAGCUCCCAACUCAGGGCACAGAAACAAGGUCUUACCAAAGAAAGUGCAGCCCCAGGCAGCUGGGAAAAAAGAACUGAAGAUGAAGCAGUCCCAGAGAGGCCCUGCCUGAAAUCCACAGUGCCCGGGGCAACACUUUAGAAAGGCUUUGUUCCUGCUCUCCACCAGAUGAGGCAUUCUUUCUAUUUUAUUUUUCUGAGACAUAUUUAAAUAUAAACACAUUCAGAACA